GGUCGCUAAAGCUUAAAAAUCUGUCUCGGUGCGUAAAGAGGUUUAUAGACAAUAUAUAUUUAGAUUAAAUUAAACAUCUUGUCUCCAACGACAUUUCAUUAAGAGUUAAAUGUGCUGCCAUUAUGUAGGCUAAUAACGUGCUGUAUCUGUGUCUCUUGGCACGCGAGUCUCAGAGGAUAGUUUAGUCUCCAAAAGGAAACAUAACCUGCUAUUUGACAAACUGAUGGAAAUUACCCACAUGAGAUGAUAAUGUCAUUGUUAUCUUAUCUUAUCUUAUCUGUCUCUGUUGCCCCUGGCUUAUGCAGGCUGGAAUAAUAUGGUUAGAAUAAGUCCCUGUGGUGUAGUAUCAGUAUCAGUAUCAGGGUAAUGAAGACAAUAGACGUUGCAUAAGAGCGUUAGAGCUCAGUAAAUGUGAAUCCACUAUUGGCCAUCUCGUUCGCAUUAUAGCUCCCAUGUGGAGACUGAAUGCUGGUGGUUUUCGACCCGGGACCAGAUGCGCUUUUACGCACUCAGUCUCCAGCCCUCACACUCAGCGCGCGCGCUUUUUACGCACACGGGAUAUUUGACUCCUCAGUCCUCGGCACGAUGUCAAACGUCAGAAACCCACAUUAUUCUAUAGGAAGAGGUUGUGUGUCAUUCAUUUUGAGCUCUUGAGAGGGCCAGUUUGUUUCUCGCCAGGAAGACGAAAUGGCCAAGUCGUUUGCUGUUACAGUGUCGUUUGCUUAGACUUGCUGGACACUUUUAAUUCCAGAUACUGUAGAACUGUCACAGAGGGAUUUAGAACUUCGGGGUUUACUUGAAAAUCGUGCGGAUAUCUCUAUCAGGGAUGAAUCAAAAGGAGACGAUGGCUUUAUCGUUGCUCUACGCGCUGUGCAUGUGGAUGACGUUAGUCUGUCCUUCGGUGGGAACAGGGUUUGUUUAUCGCUUUCCAGGCAUCACUGUGCAGCGGCAGCGCAUCAAGUCGGAGCAGAGCGGCAGUACUGGACCUCCAGGUACCGGCUCCCGUACUCAACUCAGGAACUGGUGUCAGUACACUGUUUCCAAAACAGUGUCCUGUCAGGUGCACAAUGGAACAGAAACCACGGUGCAGAGAGUGUUUCAGGGCUGCCGAUGGCCCGGACCCUGUUCUAAAGUCAUCAGCUACAGGACCCUCAUCAGGCCGUCCUUCAAGGUUACCUACAAGCAAGUCACAGCACUGGAAUGGAGAUGCUGCCCAGGGUUUGUGGGAGAAGAGUGUCGUGAAGAGUGUCUGAACUGCACCAGCUUCACUGACAUGAACAGCAGAAUAAAUGCAAUUGAAUCAAAGAUCAGGCUGUUAGAAGAGGGACGUCCGUCACUGCCGACAGUCAGUAGUUUACCAGAGGGCUCAACGGACAACGAGGUGGACACACCUCAACCCACUCCUAUUGGGCCACCGUUAUACCUGCCGCCAGCACCAGGAAGAGUAGGGCCUCCAGGACCCAUUGGACCUCCAGGGCUUCCCGGUUCUGCCGGACCUCCAGGUCCGGCUGGUAGACCAGGCUUUCCUGGACCCAGUGGACCAAAGGGAGCCAGAGGUCUACCAGGAGAAUUUGGUUACCCUGGCCCUCCCGGUCCACCGGGUCCUCCAGGGCCGAGUUCCUUUCCAGUCCUGGCGCGAGGUGAUGCCUUCCAAGUCGGCAACCAAGAGGAGAUCCCCAUCCAUGAACCUCCCCCUGCUCCUCAGAUUGUAGUCGGGCCUCCUGGUCCAACAGGUCCCUCCGGCCCCACAGGACCCGCAGGACCGAGAGGACCCGCAGGAAUACCAGGCCUGCCGGGACGAGAUGGCAAGGAAGGCCUCCAAGGCAAGCCUGGGGAUCCUGGGCCUAAGGGAGAUCUAGGGGAAAGGGGGUUUCCAGGUGUAACAGGCGAGCAGGGCCUACCUGGAGCACCAGGGCCAAAAGGAGAGCCAGGAGAAGGCUUGAAUGAGGGAGAGGCCGUGCAGCAGCUCAGGGAGGCCCUGAAGAUCCUGGCCGAGAGGGUCCUGAUCUUGGAGCAUAUGAUCGGCAUUCAUGACAACUCUGAAGGAUCUGGUUUUGGUGGCAUUUCGGACCCAUUGUCUUUCUCUGCCAUAAAGAUCAAGCGCCUUCAGCCUGUUCAAACCUCUCCUCAAACUCCAGCACUCGGGGAGAGACAAAGACGAGCUUCCCUUUAAGAGUACAGUCUACUUUUGUAUUUCUGUUCAUUAUUGUGAAGGAUGUUGCAAACGACGCUGAACUGGCGAUUUUUGUUCAUAUCAGUUUUCCUUAUGCCCUUAUUUUUUGAAUUUAUUUUUGUCUAAUUGUCCUUUUUGGUUUUUGUUAAGUACUGUUGUAAAAACAAAGCUCUUUGCAGACAUGAGAUGUUGAGCAUUUCAUCCACAUGAUAGGCUUUUUUGCGCCUUUUUCACCCUGUUGCUGCAUGAUAGCAUACGUAGCCUUAGCAGCAGCACUUACACUGUGUUGUACAAUGAAAUAUUAUCUCAUAAAGCGUAAUGAGGGUUUUGGCAUCAUUCUUUCCUCAGAUAAAAGACUGCCUAGUAAACACAUCACUUUCCUUGGCUGAUGCUGCAAAGCUCAGAGUUCCUGAGAGCUGGACCCAAAGUGUACAAUUUAGUGUCGAACACAUUCUUGGAACGACCUCGAGGUUCAUCUUGUGUUAACCUGUCAAAUAUAUUUCUUCCUCUCUCUUCUUCCUGUCUCUCUCGCUGUGCUCUGCCUUGUUAAAACUGAGGUAAGACAUGACAAGCUGCCAAGAAUAUCUGCUUAAAAUAAAGUUAGGUGAAAUGAAUUGCAUCUGGAGAGCGCACAUCUGGAAAGCAAAAGGAGGAGAUGCUGAAACUGUCGAGUUUUGGCCUGAAAAACCCAAAACCUGCUCAACGAGGUUCCAGUGCACCUUCACUCUGGCUGACAGAGCACUAAACCAGACAGGAUUACACUGACUUCUUCAUAUACUGCCUCCGAGAUUUGUUUUGAACUGAUGGGAUUAUUGUAUAAUAAGUCUCUGAGAGACCAGACCUGUUGGUCUCUGAGUAAACCUUUGGCUACAGCUGGUACAAUCUUUGUUUUUUCCAUUACGAGGUUCAUAUGUUAAAGGAACUGUUUAUACACUUAUUUACUUUCUUGUCAAGAGAUAUAUGGGAUGAUUUAUACCUCUCUCAUUUCUGUUAAUAUGAAGCUAUAGCCAGGAGCUUGUUAGCUUAGCUUAGCAUAAAGACUCAAAACAGGGGGAAACAGCUAGUCUUGGCUCUGUGAAAAGGCAAAAAACCCAAAAUCCUCUGACAAGCAUAACCCUGCCAAUUUGCGUUCACAUCAUAUCAGUUCAGACUGGAAUAAUGAGCAGCUGAGUGGGAAAAGCUGUUCAUGUCAGAUUCUGCUUUGCUGUAUAACUAAGAGUUUGGGAUUUUAGGAAUUCCUCAGAGUGAUGAUAUCUCCCACUUGGUAAAAAAUAAAAAAUAAAAAAUAACAAUACAAGUGUCAAAAAUUGGAAAUAACUGCUGCAAAGCCACCAUCACUGACAGUUACAUUUAAAUAAAAUCCAGUCAAAUCGAUUCAACACAUUUGAAAGCAGCUAGACCAAUUUUAAAUGUAGUCUUAAUUAUUUACAAACUGCUACAAACACAGCAAAAGUAGCUAACUGCACACAGCCAAGAAACUGUGUGGCACAUGACCACCUGUAAAAACCACAUAUAACAUAUUAAUAAGUCAGUAAGUGGAUUUUAUUACCUUAUAGUUAAGCUAGCUGUUUCCAGUCCUUGUGCUAAGCUAAGCUACACGCCUGCUGGAUGCAGCUUCAUAUUGAACCCAGAGACAUAAGAGUGGUAUUCUCAUCUGUCUCUCAGAAAGACAGCAGAUAAGUGUAUUUUUAUGUUACUUAAUGUUAAAGAUGGCCGAGGCCUACCUUUUAAAUGCAGCCAUUUUGUUGUGGCUUGUGCAUGUUUCGUUAUCUUUUAUACUCAAAAAUGUUCAGGUGUGCUUUGUUGUUUAAUGUGCAAAACAUUGUACUCUGCAGAUCUGUCUUGAUUGUUGAAGUAAGAUUAAAGUCACAACAACAAAGGGA